GCUUGCAGGUCCAUGUCCUGUUAAGUAUUCGAUUUUACGAACACUGGGUCUGACCACCGCGACCCAGGCCCUUCCCAUAAAGUCAAAAGAUUGUCCUAUAUAAAACAUUAUCAUUCUCUAAGCUGCAAUGUGUUUAGAUUAUAUAUAGCAAAACUGAUGGAUCAAACUCAACCCAUAGCUAAGAACCAGAGAGGAAGGCCUGUUCAAACUUCUACUGAAAUGAUAAUCACAGUGAAGCAAUCGAGCUUGGUUAGACCCAAUGCUGAGACUCCAGUGCUUGAGAUGUGGAUAUCCAACGCAGACCUUGUGGUUCCCAGGAUGCACGUUCCUCUUCUCUAUUUUUUCCGGUCGAACGGCGCCCCCAACUUCUUCGAAUCUGAUCUUUUGAAAGAGUCAUUGAGUCGAGCUUUGGUGUCAUUUUACCCGCUUGCAGGCCGAUUGAAGCGCGACCGGAGGGGCCGCAUCGAGAUCGACUGUAACGCGGAGGGGGCGCUAUUUGUGGAGGCCUACAGCGACACGGCCAUCGACGACUUCGGCGACUUCGCGCCAACCAUGGAGCUCAAGCGGCUGGCCCCCAAGGUCGAUUACACAGAGGACAUCUCUUCUUUUCCCUUGGUAUUGAUUCAGGUGACCUUUUUCAAGUGCGGCGGGGUGUCAUUGUGCGUGAGUGUCCAGCGCCAUGUAGUUGAUGGUGCAUCAACCAACCACUUCAUCAACACAUGGUCUGAUAUAACCCGAGGCGUCGGCGUAAUCAGACCCCCCUUCAUCGAUCGCACUCUCCUCCGUGCUAGGGUCCCCCCAAACCCGGCCUUUCCUCACGUUGAAUUCCAAGAGGCCCCAACCAUGAAAACCCGAAUUGCUGAAGCCCAUGUCUCGCCAGUCGUGGCCAUUUUCGACAUCACUCCUACUUGGCUCGAUCGUCUCAAGAGAAAAGCCCAAGAAGAUGGCGGUACUGCCUCCUAUACCACUUAUGAGGUGCUUGCAGGCCACGUUUGGCGUUGUGUUUGUCAAGCCAGAAACCUCCAGUCCGACCAACCCACGAAAAUGUAUAUAGCCGCAAAUUGUCGCUCCCGUCUCCAGCCUCCACUUCCCCCUGAAUACUUUGGCAAUGCUGUUUUUGCCGCCGCCCCCCUCGUUAUGUCUGGCGACCUCAUGUCCAAGCCAUUGAAAUUUGCAGCUGAAAAGAUACAUGAGGCUAUUGUGAGGAUGGACAAUGAGUACCUGCGAUCCGCACUGGACUACCUUGAGUUGUUGCCGGACCCGGAUGCCGUGAAACGGGGGGCCCACACUUUUGAGUGCCCCAAUAUUGGGGUAAUUAGUUGGGCAAAGCAACCGAGUUAUGAGGCAGAUUUUGGGUGGGGGAGGCCUGUGUUUAUGGGGCCUGCAGGCAUGGCCCAUGAGGGGCAGGCCUUUGUGUUGCGUAGCCCAAAGGGAGACUCUUAUCUCUGCCUCGCCAUCUCGUUACAUGAGGACUGUAUGCGUCGCUUCCGACAGUACUUUUACGACUUACAGUCUUCUCUCUGAUAAUUUUUGUGUUAUUAUGCUAUGUACAUCAGGCUUUUUGAUAUGUUUGACGGACUUAAGAGUGGAGUACGAUUCAUCUUUUCAUUGAA